CAAUUUCUGCCCUUGGUCACAUGACUGGCGCUCUCUGGAAUGGAUGGAGAUGGAUCUCCACGUCAGCUCACGUCUCAAAAUUUCUACUCGGCGGAUCUGCUUCAAAGCCACUGAAGCUGAAGCAGUCCUGUACUACGAUGCGAGGCAGUACUAUGGUUGUGGCGUGCCCAACCAAAUGUCAUGAUGGAUUUUGAUGAGCGAGUACCCGUUGGGUCUAACAUGUAUUUGCCCGGCUGUACUUAUUACGUGUCUGGAACGGAAUUUUCCAGCCUUCCUCCUUUUCUGCCCCAGACCCCGUCUUCGUGCCCCAUGACAUACUCAUACUCCACGUCCAGUUUGCCACAAGUUCAGAGCGUUAGAGAGGUAUCUUUCAGGGACUAUGCCAUUGACACGUCCACUAAGUGGCACUCCAGGGGCAAUCUGCCACACUGCUACGCGACCGAAGACAUGGUGCACAGGGACUGCCUGGCCAAUCCUGGAACUCUGGGGGACAUGUUAUCGAAAAACAACUCGGUUCUUUACCACUCCAACACGAGCCACACGGCCAACAUGUAUGGCAGCGUAGGGAGGAACGGAGUACUUCCCCAAGCAUUUGACCAGUUUUUCGAGACCUCCUACGGGAACGUAGAAAAUCAGCCGAGCGAGCACCCGGUGGACAGAGCAGCCAGCAAGGCGCCUCCACCCGCGGAAAGAGGCAGCGAUAGCUGUCGGGGAGCAGAUGAGACGGAGCGCUGUGAAGAGACGAGCAGCCCAGAGCCAUCUUCCGGUAACAACGAAGAGAAAUUCAGCGGCAGCAGUAAUGGACAGAAAACACGGAAAAAGAGGUGUCCUUACACAAAAUAUCAGAUCAGAGAGCUGGAGAGAGAAUUUUUCUUCAGUGUUUACAUCAACAAAGAAAAAAGGCUACAGCUUUCCAGAAUGCUCAACCUCACCGACCGCCAAGUCAAAAUAUGGUUUCAAAACAGAAGAAUGAAAGAAAAAAAAAUAAACAGAGACCGUUUGCAGUAUUACACCACGAACCCUUUGCUUUAGAUUGCCCAUUGCUGAGAAAUCAUUUAGGCGAGAUGGUUCAUUUCAAGUUGGAUGCACA